UAAACAAAACGUUUAAGCGAAUCAUUCAAACGUUCAAAUUUACGAGUUUGUGUGUAUUAAAACUAACUUUGAAGCAUCACUCUAAUAAUCACAACAGGCUUUUCAUUCUUUUGAUUCUUCUUGAUAAUUUAGCUGUUUCAAAAAAAAAUCAAAACUAAAUCAAAAAAGAUAUUUUUUGUCGUUUUAAUAGCUGUUUUGGAUGGUUGUUGAUUUGUUGUGAUAACAAUGGCUGUGAACAUCACUUCGCCACGUCCUAGUCCUCGACUACCAUACAUUGUCGGAUACCAAGGUCAUGUUCCGGAAGUGAACACAACAACUAAGUGUCUGGGGAGGAGUUUCGCAGCCACUGCUGAAGAUACAGUGAACAAAGACAGGGUGAAACUGCAGAGGGAGAAGAAGGAGAUCUAUCUGGGCAUCAACCCCAGAGGGGAGAAGUUCCCCUCAUACGAUAGGUCACACUUGUAUGGACCAGAGUGGGCCAUAGCUGGUUACGACGGCCACAUUCCACGAUACAUACAAACCCUCGGCAAAUCAUUCAAAUACACAUCACAAGAAGCCAUAGACAAGUUCCAAAAUGAGCAUUCCCCGAGAAAAUCAAAAUCUACAAGAGAAACAGGAAGCAGCGAAAUGAGCAAAAGUGUGAACGACUUAUCAGGGCUCGGCGUGGAUUCGCAGAAAAGUUUAAAACCAGGAUCAAUCUAUCCCAUUAUCAUACCCAGAUAUGGAGGGUUUGUUCCAGGUCAGAAGUUCCGAUUUGGACACAGUAGAUAUUACGAUUAGUGAGAAGUGAAGCACAACGUCAGAAAAAAGAAGGGGAGGCGAAAAAACCAUUUGAGAUGAUGCCAUUGAGAAAAUCCCUAGGGCGUUGAAAAGCAACUGAACUCGCUGUAUAUAUGCUUAAUUAUCUUGCAAACUUGAAUUUGAUCAAUUUUUUCUCCCUCUCCCCUCUCUCUCUCUCUCUCUCUCUCUCUUUCUCUUUGAUACUAAAUAUUUAAAUUAAAAUAUUGAUAUUUUCAAAGAUGGUACCUCUGACGAUUUGCUCUUGGUAUAUGCC